GUCCUGAGGCGUACAGGAAUCUAAAGCACGAAGAUAACAAUUUUUUACACGAGCUUUCAAUGCGUGCUAACUGCACUGGUACUCAAUCAAAAAUAGCUGUCAAGCUGAAGUAAUAGCUGUGGGCUCAUUUACAGUUAUUCACGGAAUAUAAAUUCAAUGGGCAAAUCAAAAUCUCAACCCAAGCGAGGAGUCCAGCUCCUCAACACUCCGCUUGGUGUAGUUGGUUUAUCACGUUCGACUGUAAUGGAAUUCAAUGCCAUCGAAAGGUCCCUAGUUCGAUUCUGGGAGCGGAGACAUUCUUUUUGCCCGCUGGUGCUUAGUUCCGAGUGGGUGGCCUUUUUUUUUUUUUUUUUUGGCGCUAGACAAAUGGAUAAAUGUAUGGACUACGGAAUGAUCCGAACGCUCCUCAUUUUCAUUUCAAGCCUCCUAAAUUCUUUAAAAUUAACUGUCUUUUUGCCUCAAUGAGACCUUACUGCGGUUCAGCAUCUUUGUCGUGGCAAAAUUUUUCCGAAAAAGUGUUCGGUGGUUCAUCGGCUUUGUGCCGCCUCGUUCGGCCGUAAUCAACAAUCCUUAAGCUCUGUA